UCUAUAUAUUGUAUUAUGUUUUACGUAUAAUGCAGGUGUGUUCCCUGAGUAAACCGCCGUGUUUCUCGUCAACUUGGUCACAACGUGCAAGUGGCUCUCCACGUCACGACUGUUCGACUAGCACUGGAGGCGUCAGGGCACAAGUUUAUCCUCCAUUAAACUGAAGAUAAUGAAAGAAUAGGAUAACUUCUUAGUUUAAUUGGAGAAUGGGGAAAGUGUACCGACGCCUGGUCCGUAAGGCAGGGCAUGUCGGACACCAUGGCAGUCACCAUGGGCUUGACGCCAGGGAAGUGAACGCCCAAGAAGGAUUACCCAACCCUCCAAGUGAUAACUCCUCACAGUUUAUAGUUGGAAAUUUAGACGCUACAUCGCUGGGAAUAAUAAUUGGCUGUUCCGCAGCCGCUCUUCUUAUCAUCAUUAUUGCCAUUAUUCUGUUUAAAAUUCGCCGAAAUAGAAGGAAAUUUGAUUUACAAUUUGAAGAUUUUAACGAAGAUUCUCUGUUCUCUAGAUCUUGUCCAAACUCAAGAAGUCCAUCUCCAAGACUACCUAAAAGAAAAUCUUGUCCAGAUGCCUACUCUAGUAUAAGCGCUAAAGAUUCUGUAUUGAUAAGGUCGGUAACGAUAGAUAAGGUACCAGAUUUUGAACUUCCGCCGGAACGAGUACAACCUAGAAGCAGUUUUGAUAGGUCUAUAUCUAUAGGAGGUGGGCAAUAUCAACAAACAUUAGGAUCAAUACAACCAGAAUUAUACAGACAUUCAAGUUUUUCCGAAGAUGAGGAAGGAAAUCUACCACCAACAGAACAUGGUCGACUGUGGUUCUCUUUGAUAUAUGACGUAGCUGUAGAACAACUGUGUGUUACUCUAAUCAAAGUUAAAAACAUUCCAGGAAGAAGUCCGAACCAAGCACCGCGCGACCCUUUUGUCAAGCUCUAUCUUCUACCUGAUGAGCGAACGUGUCGUACUUCUAAAACCCGUAAAAAAUCUCUCUCGCCAGUCUUUAACGAAUCUUUUUCAUUUACGGUAUCAGCUGAAGAUGUAUUUACAAGAACACUGCGUUUUUCUGUCUACGAUGUUGACAAACGACAAAUACGGCAUUCGUUAGGGCAUGUUAUGGUACCUUUAAAAGAUGUUGAUUUGACCAAAGGUGAUGUUGUCUGGUGUGAUCUUGAACCUAUGGCACAGGCUGCGUCGUCUCUGGGUGAUGUCCAGGUUAGCUUGACGUACAUACCACCACAAGAAAAAAUAAAAAUAGUUGUGAUGAGAGCCAGAAAUCUUAGACCAUCAGAUUAUACCAGUGAAUCGGGAUUGUAUGCGAGGGUUCAGUUUUAUUAUGGCAGACGAGCACAUAAAACAAAGAAGACAACAGUACAGAGAAUUUAUUCGGAUCCCGAGAUACAUGAAUCAUUUUCUUUCUCUAUAGCCGGUAAACAGUUGGAUACAUGUAACGUAGUUAUAUCCAUCAUGACGUCACCUACUAGAGGACCGUUUGGUCGUGACGAAGAGUACGGCCGAGUAACGAUUGGUCCGUUCAUGUUUGCGCGUGGAGAGGAGCUUCUCCAUUGGCAGGAAAUGGUCGCCCAAUCAAAAAUAGCUAUUGCACGAUGGCAUACGUUAACGAGCUUCGUUUCCUCUGAUUUGCAUUAAGAGAAAUUCGAUAGAAAUUUGAGUAUAUUUUAAUUUUUAAAGCACAUCGCUUACAGCAAAGAUUUAAAUUACUAGACAUGUUAGUCAAUCCAAGCUUGGGGCAUUUUAUUAAAUUGUUAUAAACUGUAUUUAAUUAAAAAUAUGUCUAUUAAAUCAGAAAGGAAAUAAAUUCCGCCACAAGAAAAGUAAGCGUUUACAAUAUGUGUAUAUAGAAUAAAGAAGAAUAUAUUUUGUUAUCAGAAAAUUUAAGAAAUACGAGAAAAUCAAAAUUAUUUGAUGUCUUAUUGUGUAAAUAUAUGUUUUAUUGUAAAAAAAUGUCAUAUUAAUUCACUUUAUAUUCAAUUUAUUUAACUAGCGUUUUCACAAUUUUAUUCGUACUGACAUGUUACUUUACAAAUUUGAUGCGGAUACUUCCGCUUUAUUGUUUUUGGAAAUUAGCUUUAAUGGGAUCGCUGCAUUCAAAACGGUGACGUACCAAAUCAAGGGGGACAACUGUCUUCAGUCAACAACAAUUCAAGGACGAAACUAGCAAAGGAACAAUUAACAGCGCCAAGUUUACCUUAAAAACAAAAAUUAACAGAUUUCCUUUGUAAAACAUAUUCAGGAAGCAAAUUGUGAAAACUCUAGUUACUGAGAAAUGUUGUAUAUUGUUUAUUACAAACUAAGACCGAGGUUAACAUUCGUCUGAAUCAUUGGCCGACAUGUCCAUGAUGCUUUCAAUACAAAAACGUAUUUAGUUGUAUCAAUCCAAGGCUUUCAGCCGGAGAAAAAUUCAGUCUAACACAAAUGUAAUGGGACUGUUUCCAUGUAACUGGCGUAAACGCCCGAUGAAACACGCCAUGGAAAACGAACCUUAGAUGAAUAAUUGUUAAAUGACAUAUAUUUUAAUUAUGACACUGUAUAUAUCAAAUCAAUAUGUUCAGCCACUGGUCGUUGUAACCUCGGUCAAAUCUACACAUGGUCACACGUCUUCUAUAUUAGUUGACUUCUUUCUUUGCCCUCUUUGGUCACAAAGGUUGACAUUUCUUUGACCGGAUGAAUUUAAUAAAACUUACAUAUUAAUUCUUCAGCUCAGAUCUGCACUUUUCUCCCGCCCCAUCCCUCCCCAGUAGUAUAGACUAUUUGCUUUUAAUCUGUAAAUAUUAAUGGUAGUGUUGGAAGUGUUUGUAUCCGUCAUAUUAUCAAAUGUGUUUUAAUAAUUUAGUUUAGGUGUGUAUAAAGUGUACCCUGACCAGAUCAACACCAAAAUAGUAAGCUAAUAAUCAUAACAAUUUAAUAUAUUUUAUGGUUUCCAACAAUAGAUCCGUUUAGAAAAUGCGAGUUUGCUUUAAACUGAAUUGGCACGGGAGUGCCGUUUUGGUGAAUAUAAUCUCACAUUUGCAUAGUUGGCUUGCCAAUUAUUAUUGCACGCACAUGACAAGCAGCUAGAAGCGCGAUUUAUUUUUCUAAGAAAAGAAUAGCAAGAUAACUACCGUAAAGUGGCUAUCGAUCGAUUCAAACUUCAUUAUCUCGAAUUCGGAAGUCUCGAAGAAAGAGGUUGUGUCGAAUACCAAAGUUGGGCCCCGUUUUUAUUGUCGGUUAAUUAAACAAGAACAAUGGAUUGAAAUGGUUAUUAUUGAUUGUUUUGACAGUUUAUAGUGUAUGUAAUAUUAUGAAAGCAUUUUAUUAAUACGCAUUUCAAAUUCUAUACUGAUUUUUCGCCUAUUUAUCCCUGCAACCAAAUCAUUUUGGCUUAUCUUAAGUCAUACAAUUUACAUACUGUGAUCGUAAUUGAAUUAUAUAUUAUAAUAAUUAGUAGUUCAAAUAUAUAAAGUAUACAUCAGGGUCAGUUUUAUAUAGAUAUUAAUGAACACAACAACUAAUUCCAUAAUAAAAUAAAAGGUGAAGGGAUAUAAUUUGAAAGCUAACGUGGAAAAAAAAUUAUGGAAUUUGGUAAUGUUUUACAAUUAAAAUAUAUUUAAAUAUUAAAA